UAUCUCUUUGGAAGAAAUUCAUAAAACCCAAAUUAAUUUUCAAGUGCAAUGGAAUCAACGCCGGCGGCAAAAAUGAACUUUGGAAAAUCUCUGUUAGUUCCAAGUGUUCAAGAGCUUGCCAAACAGCACCUAACCAAUAUUCCGGACAGGUAUGUCUGCCCAGAGCAAGAAACUCCGGUCAUAUCCACCGAUGCGUCGGUUCCAGUUAUCGAUAUUCAAAAGUUGAUUUCAGGUGAUUCCAUGGAUUCUGAGCUGCAAAAGCUUCACUCUGCUUGCCAACAAUGGGGUUUCCUACAGGUUAUAAACCAUGGAGUGACACCUUCGUUAAUGGAGGACUUCAAGAGAGAGGUUAUUCAAUUGUUCAAACUUCCAAUAGAAGAAAAGAGGAAACUAUGGCAACAAGAAGACAGCUUUGAAGGUUUUGGGAGUGUAUUCGUUGUAUCGGAGGAGCAGAAGCUUGAUUGGAGUGACAUGUUUGUCAUAGUAACUCUUCCUCCUCAUCUCCGCAAAGUGGACUUGUUUCACAAGUUGCCUUCAAAGCUCAGGGACAUCAUGGAAGCAUAUUCUAAAGAAAUCAAGAACCUUGCAAUGAUUAUCGUGUGUCAAUUGGCAAAGGCUUUAAGGAUGGAUGAAAAGGACAUGCGAGAUCUAUUCAGUGAUGGUGUACAGUCAAUAAGGAUGAAUUAUUAUCCGCCUUGCCCUGAACCAGACAGGGCAAUUGGCUUAAGCCCUCAUUCUGAUGCGGAUGCCCUCACCAUCCUUCUCCAGCUCAAUGAAACUGAAGGUCUACAAGUCCGAAAAGACGGCAUUUGGGUGCCUAUACAGCCACUCCCAAAUGCUUUGAUUGUCAAUAUUGGGGAUAUGAUGGAGAUAGUGAGCAAUGGUGUUUAUAAGAGCAUUGAGCACAGAGCAAUUGUAAACUCAAACAAAGAGAGGCUAUCUGUUGCAACAUUCUCUACCUUCAACCCCGAUUCCGAAUUAGGACCUGCACAUAGCCUCAUUGGACCGAAUAAUCCUCCAAUUUUCCGAAGAGUUGUCGUGCAAAAAUAUUUACAGGACUUUUUUGCACGAAAACUUGACAGAAAAUCAUACCUUGAUUUCAUGAAGGUGAAGGCAAGGAAUGGAGAAUCCUAGGUAGCAUUUGAUACAUAAGUUACUCUUGUCGUUGAAAUUUGGAGUUUCGAUCUGUUUUAUU